AUGGACAGCGAUAAUUACGACUCCCAGUCGGGCGAUGACGCCGAGAAGUAUUCCGUGCCUUCGGCAUGGCCACCCACCGACCGGGAUUCCUUCGAGGUAUCUUUUAAUGGGAUCGACGACCCUUUUUGCCCACACAGCAUGCCACUGUUUCGGAAGUGGACCAUCGUUACAAUACUGUGCAAUGUAACGAUUUGCGUUACCUGCACUAGCUCAGCAUACACAUCCACAUACACCCAGAUGAAUGCCGAAUUUGGCACAUCAUCUCUUGUCUCCACUCUCGGACUGUCAACGUUCCUCUUGGGUAUUGCCUUCGGGCCACCAAUGAUCAGUCCUUUGAUUGCAAAGAACAUUCAAACCAUACUGGUUACUCGAUUCUUCAGUGGUGCCUUUGGCGGUACCUUCCUCUCAGUGUCAGGAGGGACCGUGGGCGACAUCUUCCUACCACACCAAAUCCAACACCCCAUGUCUCUUGUGUCGCUAGUGCCGUUCAUGGGGCCUUGCGUGGGCCCAAUAGUCGGCGGAUUCAUCAACUACAACAUCAAUUGGCGAUGGACCUAUUAUAUCAUGAUCAUCUGGUCUUCGAUUUUGAUGGCCAUUAUUGUAUUUUUCACGCCCGAGACCUUUCAUCCAAUCAGGUUAUACAUGAAGGCCAAGCACCUCCGCCAGCAAACUGGCGAUGACCGGUAUAGAGCGCCGAUGGAGAAGAAGAGCGGAGAUGUUCAGCCGUCGAAGGCUUCCAUCAUAGCAGCCUCCAUGCUACGACCCUUACAGUUCAACUUCUUGGAGCCUAUGUGCCUCUGCCUUAACGUAUACUCGGCAAUCUUACUGGCUAUACUGUACUUGUUCUUUCUGGCGUUCCCGCGCCUCUUCCGAACGGAGUAUGGGAUGAACCUAUGGCAAGGUGGUCUUACAUUCCUUGGCAUUAUUGUAGGCAUGUGCUUGGCUGCAGCAUCAUCACCAGUCUGGUCCAACAUCCGCACGCGACUUGUGGAGAAGCACGGGACUAGUGAGCCGGAGUUCCGAUUACCGCCGGCUAUGUUGGGCGGGUUCCUGAUACCGAUCGGGUUAUUCUGGUUCGGCUGGACGAUAAGUCCCAAUAUCCAUUGGAUAGUACCAAUCAUCGGCUCCGGCGUCUUCGGCUGCGGAACGGUUCUAGCCUUUACUGGCAUUUAUACCUUCCUCAUUGAUGCGUAUGCAAAGUAUUCUGCAUCGGCACUGGCGUCUAAUGGACUGACUAGGUGCCUGUUCUCUGUUGCUAUGAUGCCCUUCCCAUGGCUGUUCUUCAAGUACGGCAAUGCUUUAAGGGGGAAGAGUAAGUUCGCGCUCCAUGACAAGAUGUAG